UCUCUCAAUCUCUCUCUCACACACACACACACACAUAUAUAUAUAUAUUUAAUUUCCUCAUCAGGAAUGCUACAUUCAGUAAAAUAUUACUAAAAUCUUCAGUGGCCGCCGGUCAAAGAUCUCAUUAACAGUGAUUUAAUGACUUGCUCUGCCCUAAAAGUCCACGAACUAAAGCUUGAUCCAGAUUAGUUUUGCUCUCUUCUCGUGUUUUUCGUCUCCAUCAACUCUGAAUUAUACCCCAGAAACCAAUUUCAGACAACCUUGAAGUGUUUCAGUUACCUCCCCCAAACAACAAUGGUGGUCACAAGCGUAGAAGAUCAAGCUGAAGCUGCUGCAAGAGCCGAUCAGAAUUACAACCGAACAAUAGAAUUAAAAGCUUUCGACGACACCAAAGCCGGCGUUAAAGGCCUCGUCGACGCCGGAGUCGCCAAGGUUCCUCGGAUGUUCUUCACACCCCCUGAGGAUAUCUCCGACAAGACAACAAAACCCAGAGAAACCCAGUUCAGUAUCCCAAUCAUAGACCUCGACGGCGUCAAUGGAGAUCAAGUCCGGCAUACAGAGACAGUUUCCCAAGUCAGAGACGCAGCGGAGGUGUGGGGGUUCUUCCAGGUGGUCAAUCAUGGAAUUCCGAUCAGGGUUUUGGAGGAGAUGAAGGAUGGGGUUCGAAGAUUCUAUGAGCAAGAUACAGAGGAGAAGAAACAGUGGUAUACCCGAGAUAGCUCACAAAGAGUGGUGUAUAACAGCAAUUUUGAUUUGUAUGGAGCUGUGGCGGCUAAUUGGAGAGACACCACUUAUUGUAGUAUUGCUCCUAAUCCUCCGAAGCCUGAGGAAUUGCCGGCGGCAUGUAGGGACAUUUUGCUCGAGUACUCCGGCCAAUUAAUGAAAUUGGGCAGAGCUCUGUUUGAAUUACUAUCAGAGGCUCUUGGACUCGAUCCAAACCACCUCAACAACAUGGACUGUGCCGAGGGGCUUGCCAUCCUGUACCAUUAUUAUCCAGCAUGCCCGGAGCCAGAACUAACAUUAGGUGCAACCAAGCACAGCGACAGUGACUUCCUUACAGUGCUUCUGCAGGACCAUAUAGGGGGCCUCCAAGUUCUUCACCAGAACCAGUGGAUUGAUGUCCCCCCUACGCCUGGAGCUCUAGUGGUGAAUGUUGGAGAUCUUAUGCAGUUUAUAACAAACGACAAGUUCAGAAGUGCUGAACACAGAGUACUGGCAAACCGUGUCGGUCCAAGAGUUUCAGUGGCUUGCUUCUUUACCACAGGUCAUUUUCCAACCUCAAAGCUGUAUGGACCCAUCGAGGAGUUGUUAUCGGAAGAAAAUCUUCCCAAGUACAGGGCAACUACAGUGAAAGAUUUCUCAGUUCACUACGAUGCAAAAGGGCUCGAUGGGACUUCUGCCCUGCUUCAUUUCAAGCUGUGAAAAUGGCAAUUGAAAUGGCACCAAGUAGCAUGAAGAAUUACAGAAGAUUUUAUUGUUCACCACAUUUGUAAAAUGUUUCAGUUUGCAAAAUGAACAUCUUAACAUGAAAUGAAUUGUUUGUCUAUGCCAUAUGUAUUUUUCAAUAUGCAUGUC